UUCUCUCUCUCUCUCUCUCUCUCUCUCUCUCUCUCUCCCCCCCGUUACAGAGAUUCCUUUCCUCUCUCUCUUCAAUUUGUUGGUCAACUCGGCCCGAUCCGGUUCGCUCGCUCUUCUUCUCUCAACAUUGCUUCUUUUCUCACUUGGUUCUUUCCCCGCUACUUCGUUUUCUGCUCAUUUUCCUUCAAUUCCCUUCACGACUUCGCUUUGCUGGGAUUUCUACCUGAUUCUGUAUCUGGGUUCGAGUUAUUUUGCGCGUUUGUUAGCGGAGUUGUGGUGUUCGAGCAUUCGUUGGAGCCCCACUUGGGUUUUGGGAACUGGGGUCUCUUCUUUUUGGGGUUCGAAGUUCUGGGGGUUUUGGUAGCUUGGUUUUCUCUUGUUUUUGUUACUUGGGGUUUGUAGUUCUCGGGGUUUCUGUGUGGAAUUUGGUUGGAGGUGCCUAAUUUGUGUGUUUAGGGGUGGAAUUUGGGGGUUUUUUUGGUGGGUUGGAAUUAGGGUUUUUGUUGUGAAUUAUACCAAUUGGGUUGGGUUUGAUUUGUCUGAUUGUUUAUGGUGUUCUUGGUGCUCGUGGAAAUGGUUUUGGUGUCCAUGUGUGUCUGAGAGAUAUCUUGUUGGCUUAGAAUUUGGGUUAUUUGGAGAUUUUCAUGGUUUCAUAGGUGAAGUGAAAAAUGUUCUAUUCUCAAUUCAUAUUGGCCAAGAAAGGGCCGCUUGGGACAAUAUGGAUAGCGGCUCAUUUGGAGAGGAAGCUGCGGAAGAAUCAAGUGGCGGACACUGAUAUCGGGGUCUCUGUUGAUUCGAUUCUUUUCCCCGACGUGCCAAUUGCACUGCGAUUGUCCAGCCAUCUUCUCCUUGGGGUGGUGAGGAUAUAUUCUAGAAAGGUGGGUUACCUAUUUGACGAUUGUAGUGAAGCUCUGCUUAAGAUAAAGCAAGCAUUCCGUUCUACUGCUGUCGAUUUACCACCUGAAGAAUCUACUGCUCCAUAUCAUUCUAUCACUUUGCCCGAAACUUUUGAUCUCGAUGAUUUUGAGCUUCCGGACAACGAACUUUAUCAGGGUAAUUAUGUUGAUCAUCACGUUAGUUCUCGGGAGCAAAUCACCCUUCAAGAUACUAUGGAGGGUGUAGUCUACACCACUUCUCAAUUUGGCUUGGAUGAACGUUUCGGUGACGGAGAUGCUUCACAAAUUGGUUUAGAUCUCGACGAGGAACUCUUUGCGGAGAAGAUCACCGUUAAGGAACACGAUGAGAUCUUAGAUAAUGAUGUUCGGGCACCUUCUCAAUCAACUGUCUUGAAAGACACAGAUGCGAAUAUGGAGGAAAUCCUAGAAACCUUUGAAACAGUGCAGGAUCCAGCAUCUACCACGAGACGAGUGGAUGAAUGCAACUUGUCUAGCGUACGGGAUAGUGAUGGUUCUUUGAAAGUGGAAGAUCAUAGUACAGAUCUGGAAGCUGUCGGAAUUGAAAAUAAUGAAUCCAGGAAGUCGAAUAUUUACGGUGGUACUACUGAUGUUUUAGGUUGGUCUUCCCAUAAUGAUUUGGAUUAUGAGACUACAAGAAUCAUGCAUCCUGAAGAGAAUGGCCAUCUUUCUAAUGACCCAAAACUUGAACAGUUUUCGUUGCCAUCGGAAAAGACGAAAGGAGAUGCAUUGGGUGGCCCAAUCACAGGAGAAGAAAUGAACAAUGGAGUUGUAAUAAACAAUGAGCCUGAAAUGACCUUUCUUGAUCACGUUGAUGCAGAAUAUGACUGUAGCCGAUCUUCGUUAGAUGCAACUGCUGUGUCUCCUAGUUGCUCCGGUGUCACCCCUGAUUUGGAGGACUUUGGCCAUAAAGCUCGUUCGGAUGGCACGUAUGCAUUAGCAUCAGAGGGUCAACUAUCCUUAAAACCCAUGGACAACUUGGUUGAAGUGCUCUCUCCUAGAAAAGUUGCCCUGGAUUCAACGUACCAAGAGGAAUCUCCCGGGAGACCUGAGGUUAUUGAUGCUGAAUCUAAGGAAUUUCUGGAACCGAAGGACACCGAGACUCAAAAUUCUUUCAAUGGUGAAGAAAUUACAUCCAUGGAGAAGCCUGUGCUUCAGGCAUGCAAUUCCCAUGGAAUCGAACGCGAUAGGUCAUCUCUUGAAGGCGAAAGCUACCAGGCAACUGAUGCUGUGACGCAAAAUUUGGAAAUAAGCGAGAAAGGCGGUACAGAAGUUUCUGAAGAUGGACUGGCUAGUUGCAGGGGUCCGAACAAACCUUUUGGUUCUGCAUUGUCUAAUGAUAUUUGCACAGAGAUUUCGAAUAGGUCUCCGACCUCAGACUUCCCUGCACCGGAGAAGUUGCUUUCUGUACCAGAGGGCCUUACCGAAACACACGGUGACGACUUACCGUUGUAUUCUUCACUGGACAAAGGAAACUUGGCCGAGGACGACGGUGUUUCUGGAACUAAACUUUUAUCUGGGAAGAAGCGAAGCUUUACUGAAAGUACUUUAACAGCCCAGAGUUUUAACUCAGCCGAGUCGGUUGGGGUGCACCGAUCUAAGAGGGUUACCGAGUCCAUUCCUGAUGAUGAUGAUUUGUUAUCAUCUAUUUUAGUUGGAAGACGAUCUUCGGUUUUGAAAAUGAAACCGUCACCUCCUAUGCAUGAAACAAUAUCCUUGAAACGUUCACGACCUGCACUUCGAGUUGGCACCUCGAAGAAGAAGGUGCUUAUGGAUGACAUGAUGGUUUUGCAUGGAGACACAAUACGUCACCAACUUACUAGCACUGAAGACAUACGACGUGUUCGGAAAAAGGCACCUUGUACUCGUCCGGAAAUUUCGAUGAUUCAGAGACAAUUCUUAGAAGAUGAGAUUUUCAGUGAAUCCAUAUAUUCAGGUAUCUCCAAGGAACUGUCCUCAUUGCAUGCAGAAGCGUUUAACCUUAGUGAAAUCAGGGUUUACGAGAAGGAUCCCGUCGGUGCUUCGACCGAGGCAGGAAACAAUUUCGAGUCUGCUGUUAGGCCAAAUACCACUGAAGAAAGUGCUACAGAAACAAACCCUGAUGCGGUGGUCGACAAAAAUGAUUUCAAAUCUCAGCCUUCUCGGGCUACUAUUCAGAUCGAAACUCAAGAGUUAGCCUUAGAGUGUCCUGAUCUUGAUGUUCAAGACCAGCAGCAAGUGACUUCAACUGAGAAUGCUGGACUGGAACCCGUUGGAGAGCGAGAAAAAAUUGAUUCUGAAGCCGGAAAUAUUGCUGAUGCAGUUGAUAGCUUCGAUAUCAAGGAGUUAGAGUUGCCGUCCUUAGUCAUCGGGGAUAAAUAUGAUGAUCGAAACGCUUCGUUGCAGAUGGAUAUAUCUUGCUUUUCUCCGGAGAAAAUAUUGGAAUCUCAGCCUGGUGUUGAAGAUACUUUUACGGUGGAAUCGGGGAAUGUAGGUCUUGACACUGUCAAUGCUAAUGAUUGCACCGAGAUCAGAGAUAACGUUGACGAUGAAAAACCCGAUCACAAUGUUUCCCUUGUAACUUCACCUCGAGAAAAUGGCGCCAAACCUGCUGAAAGCAUCUUAGAUGUUAAGUUAGGGGAAAUCGAUGCAGAUGGAGUAAAUACAGCAGAUUUCGUUUGUGGUGAGAAGGAUGGAGCUUCUCUUUGUUUAAUUGAUGGAGCUCAGAUGGAUUCUCAAUAUUCACCAGGAUUCGAUAUGGAUUUUAAAAGUACCUCCUUCAAUGAAGUUGUGAAUCCGAGCUAUCCCGAAGAAGCUGAUUUGCUCGAUAUUGUGGACACUGAAAUGACUGUCCUCGAUCAUCCAAUAGCCGAAGAUCGUGGUGACUUCGAGGAUGCCACGGUGGCCAAUGAUAUAGAAUUUUUGAACGCAGAUGACGACGAUGAAGAAGAUGAGGACAACGAGCAAUUUGCAGCUGAUCCUAGCUUUCUCGAAAACAGUGGAUGGUCGUCCCGCACCAGGGCUGUGGCUAGAUAUCUUCAAAAUCUCUUUGAUAGGGACUCUGUACAUGGGAGAAAGGUCCUUCACAUGGAUAACUUACUCGUUAACAAAACUCGGAAGGAAGCAUCGAGAAUGUUUUUCGAGACACUGGUUCUGAAGACAAAGGAUUACCUCCAUGUAGAACAGGAGAGACCCUUUGACAACAUUAGUCUAAAGCCAAGAAUAAAUCUCAUGAAAUCAAGUUUCUGAUUUACUUUAGGAAAAUGCAGAGAUACACAGCUGGGGAAAAAAACCACAAAAAAAAAAACCAAAAAACAAAAUGGCUCCGGUAGAUGUUAGUUCAACGAUGCACCUCUCGGGAUGUCGAUAGCUCUCUCCGUCAUCAAAAACUCCCCUUCCCAACAAAAUAACCUUUUGUUUUUCCUUUCUUCUUUUUCUUAUUAUUAUUAUUUAUAUAUUGCUUUGUUUAAGCUAGACGUUUAUGUAAGUGAGUCAGUGAGUCGGGUCAGGUCGAGUCGAGUCAAGUGGGCAUAUCGUAUAUUAAUGUGUUUAUGAUACCCAACUUUUGUAUUAUGACAGAUACUCUCAUGUAUAUAUUAUCUGUAAAAAUAGUCUUUGCUAUUGAAGAUCUUCUGAUUUA